AAAUAUAUCAUAGAUACAGCCUCUGCUGGAUCUCUCAAUUCCAUUUACAUACCUCACACCCUCACCCGCCACCUAAAACAACAAAAAGAAGAAAGAAAAAUGGCCACUGAAGCCCUCCCAAAAGACCCCGAUCUCUCAGACCCAGAAAGACAACAAAUCCUAGAAGGCGACGCCAAAUUCCACCGUCUAGGCUGGAAACGCCUCACAGUAAUCUCCAUCGUCGAAGCCAUCGCCCUGGGCAGCCUAGGCCUCCCCUCAGCCUUCGCAACGCUAGGAAUGGUCGCCGGCAUAAUAAUGACCAUCGGCCUGGGCUUCGUAGCCAUCUACGCCGGCUACAACAUCGGCGAAACAAAACUCAAGUACCCAGAAAUCGGGCACUACGCCGACGUCGGCGGGCUCCUCCUCGGCAGCAUCGGCUCCAAGAUCUUCGUGGGCAGUUUCGUCGCGCUCCUCGUUUUCGUCAUCGGGUCACAUUGCCUGACGGGCGCUAUUGCCUUCCAGACCAUCACGCAGAGCGAGGUGUGCUCGAUCGUGUUUAGUGUUGUGUCUGCGGCGAUCCUGAUGCUGCUUGCUAUCCCGCCUUCGUUUGCCGAGGUUGCGAUCUUGGGGUAUGUGGAUUUCGCGUCGAUUAUUGUUGCUAUUGGGGUUACGAUGGUUGCGACGGGGAUUCAGAGUUCGAGUGGGACGGGCGAGUUUGUGCGCGAUAUGGUGCCCUGGUCUGCGUGGCCGAAGGAGGGGAUUACGUUUUCGGCGGCUAUUGUUGCUACGAAUAAUAUUGUUUUUGCAUAUUCGUUUGCGGGCUGCUUGCCUUCUUUUAUGGAGGAUAUGCAUACCCCUGGGGAUUAUGUGAAGACGCUUUGGUGGAUGGGUGGGAUUCAGAUUGUGGUUUAUACGUUGACUGGGUCGAUUAUCUAUGCUUUUGUUGGGCAGGGAGUGCAGUCGCCUGCGUUGCUGUCUGCUGGGCCGGUGAUUUCUAGGGUUGUGUUUGGUAUUGCUCUGCCAGUGAUUUUUAUCUCUGGGUCGAUCAAUACGACUGUGGUGUGUCGGUAUAUUCACGGCAAGGUCUAUCGGGACUCGAUUGUUCGCUAUGUUAAUACUAGCAAGGGUUGGAUGACUUGGCUCGGUCUUGUUUUCGUUGUCACGGUUCUUGCUUGGGUUAUUGCUGAGGCUAUUCCGAUCUUCUCGGAGUUGUUGUCCAUCAUCUCGGCUUUGUUUGUUUCGGGUCUGUCCUUUUAUAUUCCGCCUAUUAUGUGGUAUGUGCUUUUGAGGGAGGGGGCCUGGUAUGAGAAGCACAACUUGAAGACUGCCAUUUUGAAUGGUAUUGUCUUUGUGGUUGGAAUGAUUAUCUUUGGAUGUGGUACUUACGCCAGUAUUGCCGAGCUGAUUGAUAAAUUCCAGUCAGGGUCAGUGGGUAAGCCAUUCACGUGUUCUUAG